AUGUCUGCGCCUCAGGUUCAAAGCGGUGGUCAGGGCCAGAAUGCCACUUUCAGAGAUAAGGAAAAGCCCAUGGCGGUUCGCUCGUCGAACAUUGUCGCUGCCAGAGCCGUCGCCGAUGCCGUGCGCACCUCUCUCGGCCCCCGCGGUAUGGACAAGAUGAUUCGCGGCGGAAAGGGGGAGACCAUUAUCACAAAUGACGGCAACACUAUGCUCAAGAGCAUGUCGGUUAUGCACCCCACCGCCAAGAUGCUGGUCAAUCUCUCCGGUGCGCAGGAUGUUGAGGCUGGUGACGGUACCACCUCCGUCGUUGUCAUCUGCGGUAGCUUGCUAGGUGCCGCCGACCGCCUCUUGUCCAAGGGCAUCCACCCCUCCGUCAUCUCCGAGUCUUUCCAGCGCGCCGCUGCCGCCGCCGUCGAGGUCCUCCACGACAUGUCCCAGCCCAUUUCUCUGACCGACACUGCUUCGCUGCUGCAAGCCGCCAACACAUCGCUGUCGUCCAAGAUUGUUUCUCAGUACUCCAACCUUCUUGGCCCCAUGGCUGUCAACGCUGUAACGAAGACGAUCGAUCUCAAGACGGCCGAGAAUGUCGACCUCCACAAUAUUCGCAUCAUCAGAAAAGUUGGAGGCACAAUCGAAGACAGCGAGCUGGUUGACGGCCUUGUUCUCAACCAGCCCGUGUUGAAGAACGCUGGCGGACCUACUAGAAUGGAGAAGGCCAAGAUUGGUCUUAUCCAGUUCCAGUUGAGCGCUCCUAAGCCCGACAUGGAAAACACCAUCCAAGUCAACGAUUACCGCCAGAUGGACAAGAUUGUCAAGGAGGAGCGCCUGUAUCUGCUCAACCUGGCCAAGAAGAUCAAGAAGGCAAAGUGCAACGUCCUCCUGAUUCAGAAGUCGAUCCUCAGAGAUGCUGUCAACGAUCUGUCGCUGCACUUCCUCGCCAAGCUCGGAAUUAUGGCCAUCAAGGAAAUCGAACGCGACGAGGUCGAGUUUAUCUGCAGAUCAACUGGUUGCAAGCCCGUCGCUGAUAUCGACUCCUUCACCGAGGACAAGCUGGGAACUGCUGACCUUGUCGAAGAGGUCCAGUCCUCCGGAGCGCGCAUGGUCAAGGUUAUGGGCGCGAAGGCCACUGGCAAGACCGUGUCCAUUGUCGUCCGUGGUGCCAACUCCCUGAUUCUGGAAGAGGCCGAGCGAAGCUUGCACGACGCUCUUUGCGUCGUCCGCUGUCUCGUCAAGAAGAAAGCCCUCAUUGCUGGCGGUGGUGCUCCCGAGAUUGAGAUUGCCGCACAGCUGGCCAAGCAGGCCCGCAGUCUGACUGGCACCGAGGCUAUCUGCUGGAAGGCCUUUGCUGAUGCCAUGGAAGUCAUCCCCACAACACUGGCAGAGAAUGCCGGUCUCAACAGCAUCAAGGUUGUCACUGACCUAAGACACCGCCACGAGAUGGGCGAGAAGAGUGCCGGUGUCAGCAUCAAGUCUGGUGGCGUCAACUCCAACAUUUCCAAGGAGAACGUGCUGCAGCCGCUGCUGGUCAGCACAAGCGCCAUUGAGCUGGCGGCAGAGACGGUGAAGAUGAUUCUGAGAAUAGACGACAUUGCCCUUACGAGAUAG